AUGGCCGCCAUCUACGCAGUGUAUACUUCUCCGAACCACCCGCCGAUACCCAACCAUCUCCCCACGCUCAUCGUCACUCCUCAUGGCCAGCCCUCCAAUAUCCUCUACUCGUAUCUGCAUACCAACUUCAACUCGGAAAACUACCUCUUGACCCCUUCGCCGCAGGGCGAUCUCUGCGUCGCGAAGCUUUUUCCGCCCCGCAAAGACGCACCGGGCAAGGGGUCUGCGUCCGAUCCUGGCCACGGCGGUUCGCCCAACUCCCGCGUCGUCCGCUGCGAAGCAUCGCGCAAUCUCAAGUGGUCCAUCGCCAACACGGGCGUCAUAUCGCCCAUCUACAAACUCUCCCUCCCCUCGCCCGACUCGCCGGAUCUACCGCUCUUCCAAAUAUCCAAACCCAACCCGAACGCCGCAUUCUGGAGCAUGUUCUAUUUCGCCUACGCGGGCCACAAUAUACCCCCGAAGCGCAUCGAGUUUGGCAAGAUCCAGAAAAACCCGCCGGGCCCGAACGGCGGUGGCACGAGGAUCAGCAUCACCGGCAAGACGCCGGAGGAGAAGGCGGUCUGGCAGACGCUCGGGGAGGGCAACGAGGACUGCGUGGAAUGGGUUGUGUUGUGCGCUGCGCUAAAUUUGCUCGACGACGAGAUUAUGAAGGCCGCCGAGAAGAACGGGCCCGCGCCCGCGCCCACGCCCGUCAGCCUCCGCGACCCCGGACCCACUCCUGCGCCAGGCGCGCACCCGCCGCCUGGGCCUGGAGGACGUGGCGGGCCUCCUCCCGGCCGUGGGGGGCCGCCGCCUAUGGGCCCGCCGCACGGCGCGCCACAUGGGGGACCACCUCACGGGGGGCCUCCAGGACCUGGGCGUCCUGGUCCGCCGCCGCACGCCCACAGCCUGCCGCCAGGCGGCCGUGGCUUUCCUCCACAGGGACCCCCUGGCGGACCUCACCCACACGGGCAUAUGGGAGGCCCUCACCCGAGCGGCCCGCCGAUGGGGCGUGGAGGCUACCCGCCAAACCCCAUGCGCGGCGCGCCAGGCAUCCAGAUGCCCAUGAGAGGCGGACCGCCUCCCCGGGGUGGUGGCCCGCCCCCGCAAGCGCGGCGGUUCUGA